AUGAGCGACUUAGACGAUCUGUUAAAUUCCUUGAACGACACGGCGCCCGCCAAAAAAGCGGGAAACCAAGAUGAGUUGGAUGAUGUUUUGAAUGCGUUAAAUGAUAUGGUCGAGAAAAAGCAGCCGAAGGAGCAAAAGAAAGAAGACAAUUUAGAUGAUCUUUUGAGUUCCUUGGACGCAAAACCCACAGCAAAACCACAAAAACAAGAUGACUUGGACGAUUUGUUGGAUGGUCUUAACGACGUUCCAAAACCACAACAAACAAAACCUCAACCAAAAGCAGAACACCCAAAACCACAAGCUCCAAAAGAUGACUUAGAUGACUUACUCGAUGGGUUGAAUGAUGCUCCAGUUCCAAAGGCCCAACCAAAAGUCGAACCCCCAAAACAACAACCAAAGCCCCAACCACCUAAAGAUGAUUUGGACGAUUUACUUGAUGGGUUAAAUGAUGUGCCAAAACCAAAGCCAGCAGUUCAAGCACAACAAACUCAACCCAAACCAGCUGCCCCAAAAGACGACUUGGACGACUUAUUGGAUGGGUUGGAAGAAAAGCCGGUCGCCCCAAAACCAGUGGAGAAACCCAUUGUAAAGAGUGCGCCAAAAAAAGACGACUUGGACGAUUUACUCGACGGGUUAGAUGGUGGUGCACCAAAGCAAAACAAUAAUUACCAACAACCGCCUGUAAAAACAGCACCAAAGGACGACCUUGAUGACUUGUUGGAUGGAAUUGACACCAACGUACCUAAGAAGCCAACGGGAGAACCAGUACCUUUGCAAGCUAUUGUAGACGAAGACCCAAACAAAUGCGCCGAAUGUGGACAACCCCUUGGACCUCAACGAAUCACAGCGCUUGGAAGAAAUUAUCACCCCGAGCACUUUGUGUGUUUCAAUUGCAAAAGCCCAUUAGGAACUAAUCCAUUCCACAACGUCGAUAACAAGCCAUUCUGUAAGAACUGUUUUGUCCUCAAAUUUGCAAAACUGUGCGCGACGUGUGGAAAGCCAAUUACUGCUGGGAUGGUCAAUGCGCUUGGGAAAACAUACCAUUCGGAGUGCUUUGUAUGCACAAAGUGUAAAUCGCCAUUUGCUUCGCCACAAUUUUUCCAGAAAGACGGGAACCCUUAUUGCGAACAAUGUUACAAGGAAGAGUGCGCAGUGAAGUGUGCGGGUUGUGGGAAGGCCAUUGUUGGUGCUUCAUUGUUAGCUCUUGGCCAGAAAUAUCACCCCGAGUGCUUUGUUUGCAAUGUUUGUAAAGCACCAUUCCCUCGUGGACAGUUUUAUAAUCUCGAUGGCAAACCCGUCUGCGCAGAACACUACAAGCGGGGAAAUGCUCAAAAUGUGUGCGGGAGGUGUGGUAAGCCAAUUGCUGUUGGCACGAGUAUGAUCUCUGCGAUGGGCCAGAAAUUCCACCCGGAACAUUUUCUCUGUUCGUUCUGUAUUAACCCACUCACGGAAGACUCGUUCAAACAAAAUGGAGGAAAGCCUUACUGCUUCACAUGCUACGGCAAACUCUUUGGGUAA